GAGAACGAGCGAAAUAGGAUUAAACACACCGCCUGCUUCAUUGCCCAUUACCACCGUCCAUCCAUCCCCAUUAUCAGCUAGAAAAUCUGCCUUCUGGGACUUGAGGUAGGACGAAAAGUUGGAUGUUGACAUUGAAGCUUGCCGCAGAGGUGUACUUGAAAACUUGAUGUUUAGACGUGCCAGUGAACCGGAUGUGAUUUUUGCAAGUCUAGGCAAGAGUUGGCAAGCGACUACGAAAGUCCAUAGGAUCGCCAGGAAGGAGUAUCUGUACGACGUUCUUAUUGUCGGUGCUGGCAUCGCUGGCUCUGCUCUUGCACAUGCACUAUCACAGUCUUCAGCUCUGCCACGCCGCAUUGCACUCCUUGAGCGGAGCCUUGCUGAACCUGACCGCAUAGGUGCACUAGAAGGUAUAGACGCGAUACCAGUACAUGGAUACGCGGUUGUCCAAGAUGGUCGCAUUGUCCACAUUCCAUACCCUGACGAACGAGAAGGACGAAGUUUUCACCACGGACUAUUUGUGCAGGGAUUAAGGGAACAUGCAAAGCGCGCAAACGGCGUAGACGUUAUCGAAGCAACCGUAAACGAACUGGUGGAGGAGGAAGGAAGGGUCGUUGGUGUAAAGGCUACGCGUUCUAGCGGGAAGGAGAAGGAGGUUUUCCGCGCAGACUUAACAGUUAUUGCAGAUGGGUGCUUCUCGAACUUCCGUAAUACCGUCCAAGGUCCAUCCGCACGCCCUUCAAAUACAAAGUCGCAUUUUUGUGGUGCGAUACUCAAAGAUGCACGGUUACCGAUCUCGCAGCAUGGCACUGUUGCACUCGUACGUGGCCACGGACCCGUUUUGCUAUACCAAAUAUCGGAACACGAUACCCGCAUGCUCGUAGAUGUCAAAAGUCCUUUGCCUUCCGACUUGAAGAAACAUAUCAUAACUGAAAUAUUGCCUUCCCUCCCUCCUCAAUUGCACGAGCCGAUCCGUGCUGCUCUUUCUGCUGAUCGUGUCCGCCGCAUGCCUAACUCAUUCCUACCACCCGCCCCUCAGACGCACAAACGCGGUGUCAUUCUUCUUGGGGACGCUUGGAACAUGCGUCAUCCGCUAACAGGUGGCGGUAUGAGCGUCGCACUGUCCGACGUAUACAUACUCUCCCAGCACCUUGGUAAAGUAAACGACCUACGGGAUUGGAGCCAGAUGAAGGGCGUGCUCAACAAAUGGUGGUGGGAACGCAAAGGGCUGGCUGCAACAAUCAACAUUUUGAGUAUCGCCCUUUACGAUGUGUUUGGGGCUGAGAGCGAGUGUUUGACUGUCUUCCAAAAUGGCUGUUUCAAGUAUUUCGAAAGGGGAGGGGAAUCCGUCCGUGGUCCAGCAUCAUUGUUGAGUGGAAUCGCACCAUCGACCUCGCUCCUUGCAUACCACUUUUUCUAUGUGGUAUUUUAUUCCAUAUGGUCGCUAUUUGCGCAUCCUCGACCUAUAAGUGCGCCUUGUACAAAUGGCGAUUUGCAUAUGAAUGGCACCGCCCAUAUAACCGGGAAAGAUGAAGUGCACACUGAAGGAAAACAUUUGGACGUGCGUGUCAUGCAGAUGCCUUCGGUACUGGAUUACCCUCGACUAUUCUGGCUGAGCUGUAGAGUCUUGUGGACAGCAUGUAUAUUGUUCGGACCUCUACUGUGGACAGAGAUUCGUUGGUGGUGAGCUUGUCAGAUAGACCAGGACAAUUCGGACAGUUGUUAUAUUGUACAUGCUUGUGAUGCCUAAUCGUUCGGAGGUACAGCUCGGAAUACUACUCCCAAAGGAUUGCCGAGUGGUGUUAGCUACGACAAUGCACGCUCUUGGAGCUAGACGAGAGCGAAGAUACCGAAACGCCUCUUGAAGCCGAGUUUUACCCAAAAGGCAUUGUUUGGGAGCGACUUUUGGAGCUUAGUGAAACGAUUACCUGGAUGCUUCGCCGGGAGCAUCCCUCUGCCGUACAAUUAAUUUUGUAGCAUCAUCCGAAGAAGAAAGUCUGGCACUCUUCUCUGACGACUUGUUC